CUCCAUCUUAACCAGAUGUGCUAAGUGCUAACUGCUAAUGUACGCAGGUGGUGUUGCUCUCCACUUUCCACUCUCCAUUCUUCCCAAUGGCGGUGUACGGAGCUGCCGCCGUUCUGGGAUCACUGGUUUUUCUUGGAAUGCAGCUUCCACUAGUGAUGGGAGAUUGCCCUUUGGAUUUGAGUGGGUCAAAUUUUACUCUGGUGGCCUCUGUAUGCGCUAAUAAAGUUGAUAGAGGAAAGUGCUGUCGCUAUAUUAAUGCCUUUAUUGCAAUUUCUGUUGCUCGUUAUGCAAAUAAAACUAGUACCUUGGGGGUUGCUUCAAAUUUAUCUGAUAUUUGCCUUCAUUCAAUAUCGGAGACCUUAGAACUAUAUGGAGUUCCACCAAAUGCAACAGUUUUCUGCGGGUUUGGGACGAAGAUUCCUGUUAAUUAUGAUUGUAAGGGUCGAACAACUGUGGUGCAGAUGCUGGAGUCCCCAAGAUUUUCCGAUGUCGCAGAUAAUUGCAAAGUGCCCCUUUCAGAGGAAAGCAAAUGCAAAAAAUGUUUAAAUGCAGGAAUUAGCUAUCUUCAUCGCCUGCUAGGAGCAGAAAACAAUAUGACACUGAGUACAUGCAGGGAUGCAACUUUUGCUGCACUUGCAAGCCAAGUUGACAACACAUCAGCUGUUGAUAUUGCAAGCUGUUUCUUUGGCAUUCAAGGGCUGAGUAUUUCUCCAGUUUCAGAACCACCACCACCUGUGCACACUCCUGAGGUGUCUCCUAGUCCAUUGGUUGCUGCCAGCCCUAGCCAGGUUGUCUCCACCGUAACCCGUGAUGAAAAUCACCAUCCCUACCACCUCACGUUAAUUCCAGGUGUUGGCAUUGCAGUCACUGCCGUUGCUGUUAUAAUGCUGGUAGUCUUGAUAAUUCUCAUACGUAAGAAAAACAGAGAGCUAGAGAAUUUUGAGAAUACUGGCAAGACUUCUUCAAAAGACUUCCCCCCUCCUCCUCGGCCUAUAAGAAAACUUCAAGAAGGUUCUUCAUCUAUGUUUCAGAAGUAUAGCUACAAGGAGACAAAGAAGGCAACUAACAAUUUCAACACUAUCGUUGGACAAGGAGGAUUUGGAACUGUGUACAAAGCUCAGUUUAGGGAUGGUUCAGUGGCAGCAGUUAAGCGAAUGAACAAAGUUUCGGAGCAGGGGGAGGAUGAAUUCUGCCAAGAGAUAGAGCUUCUUGCCAGACUGCAUCAUCGUCAUCUUGUUGCCUUGAGAGGCUUUUGCAUUGAAAAACAUAAUAGGUUUCUCAUGUACGAGUAUAUGGAAAAUGGAAGCUUAAAGGAUCAUCUUCAUUCUCCAGGUAGAACUCCACUAAGUUGGCAGACAAGAAUCCAAAUUGCAAUUGACGUGGCAAAUGCUCUGGAGUAUCUCCAUUUCUAUUGUGAUCCUCCACUUUGCCACAGAGACAUCAAGUCCAGCAACAUCUUACUAGAUGAGAAUUUUGUCGCCAAGGUUGCAGAUUUUGGUCUUGCACAUGCUUCAAAAGAUGGUUCCAUUUGCUUUGAACCGGUAAACACUGAUGUUCGGGGUACUCCAGGUUAUAUGGAUCCUGAAUAUGUGAUCACUCAAGAGCUCACCGAGAAAAGUGAUGUGUACAGUUAUGGUGUGGUACUAUUGGAGCUUGUGACUGCAAGACGAGCGAUACAAGACAACAAGAAUUUGGUAGAAUGGUCCCAAAUAUUCAUGGCAUCAGAAUCAAGACUAGCCGAACUAGUGGACCCCAGUAUUGGGGACUCCUUUGAUUUUGAUCAGCUUCAAACAGUUGUGACGAUUGUGAGAUGGUGCACACAAGGAGAAGCGAGAGCUAGGCCUUCAAUUAAACAAGUCCUAAGGCUUUUGUAUGAGAGUUCAGAUCCAAUGCAUAAUGGGUUUGUGCAAGCUGUGGAAGACGAAGAGUAUGAAGAAACUGAAGAGAGGGGAAGGACAAGCAAAGGAAAAAUGAAUAGGGGUGAUGGGAUUUUUCACAGUGGGGAUGGGCGAUGUCUUGCUUCUUCUUCAAGUACAUCUAGGUCAUAUUGUAGUAGAAGCUUUUUACUUGAAAAUGGCUCUCCACAAUCUCCUUCUGGUAUACUCUCUGUUUGAGGCCAACUUUUCCUCUGCUUCAGGCACUGAUGAUGGACUGAAAACUUUUGAAUGCAGCUCUUGUUUAUGGUAAUGCUUAGGAAGCAUGGAACCACAGUUGCUAUUUGACAGGUAUGCUCACAUGUUUCUUUAAUUUUGAAUGGGUAAAAGAAUUGCUUCUAUAGAGCAUGUCAAAGGAUUUUGAGAGUAUUAUUAGUCCUGGUAAAAGGGAAAAACAGAAACAAAUGAAAAAUUGAAGUAGCCUGUGGCAUUUGUUUUUGGCUCAUAUUGUGUUAAAUUUUGGGAGAAAUGAGGUAUAAAUAUAUUAGAAAUGAUGUAUAAUUUUAUUCUUUUGGCUUGUGUAUUGACAUUAAGCAUUGUGGGAAUGCAACAAUUUCUCAUCAUUGUUAUUGGAACAGUCAAAAUGGAUAAUGCAGUUUGAAUGUUGUAGCAA